AUGUUCCGCUUCAUCGCUGUGUUCUUCGCCCUGGUUGCCAUGGCUUUCGCUGCUCCUGGCUACAUCGAGCCCUCUUACGGAGUGGUUCCUGUGGUGAAGUCUGUCCCGGUGGUGCAACAUGUUCCGGUGGUGCAGCACGUUCCAGUGGUGAAGCACGUCCCAGUGGUGCAGCAUGUUCCUGUGCUGAAGUCCUACGGUGUGCCCGCCUACGGACACCACAUCUACCACGGUUAG